CUUUGUUGUCAUUGUGGAGGCGCUCACGAUCUAACCGGAUUCUGCGCAUCAGCUGACCCUUUCAUCGGCUCUUCUCCGAAACUCGUUGGCAAGAUCAGUCGCGUUUCAACCCUCAGAGGAAGAGCACGACGCCCGCCUUGUGAAAAUCGACCUUAAAUCUCGAAGAGGACGAGCCGAGAAAUUGUCCCGCCAUGAGUGCCGCAUCACCCACUAAGCCCGUGGAAUCGGCUGAGAAGCCUGAAGUUUCCAUCGAAGCGGCUGAGACGGCCAAAUCCUCGCCGAGCAAGGUUACAAGCGAAAUCUUGAGCGAAGCUAUGCACAAGCUGUCAUCGGGAAAGCGGAAUCUUCUCGUGAACGACAUCCCGGCCGCCGUGACUGCUUUGGCCGAGUCGUGUCAGUUGUUGGGACAGCACUUUGGCGAAACGGCCGUGGAAUGCGGCGAAGCUUACUUCUAUUACGGCAAGGGCCUGCUCGAGCUUGCUCGAUUGGAGAACGGUGUGCUGGAAAAUGUCAUGGAUGGAGUACCCGAAGGCGAAGAUUCUGAUAAUUCUCAGGUGGAAGACCCCGAUAAAUGUACAGGCGACGAGAAAGAUGAAGUCAGUAACCAAGUGGGUGAGGCCAUCGAGGAGAACUUCAAAGCUUUGGAAAAAAGCAAGACCAAGAAAGAAGACCAAGGGAAGGAGAACGUCAUCCUUGUUGAAAAUGGCUCUGCGAAAGAGUCUGUAAAGCCGGAAUCUGACCUCAAAAAACCAAUGAACGAGGUUGAUGGCAAUGUUCCUGUUAAGAGCUCGAAAGUCGAAGAGGUCAAGAACGAAAUUCAUGAAGGGUCUCAGAAAGAUGAACGCAAACCUCCUAAAAAUGACGAAACAGUGGGCGAAAGGAAAAUUUGUAAGAAAGACGAACACUUUGAUUCAGUCGAGUCUGAGAAAGAUGUGGAAGCGGCAAAGAGCACAGCCAUUGAAAAUCCUGAUCAAGUAAAGAAAGAAUCGUCGGAUGAGAUGGAGACUGAAAAGCCUCUUUCGGAUAGUAAGGAACCUUCUUCGGACACCCAGAAACCUUCAACGGACACUGAGAAACCUUCAACGGACACUGAGAAACCUUCAACGGACACUGAGAAACCUUCAACGGACACUGAGAAACCUUCAACGGACACUGAGAAACCUUCUACGGACACUGAGAAACCUUCAACGGACACUGAGAAACCUUCUACGGACACUGAGAAACCUUCUUCCGAAACUGAGAAACGCGGGAAGGAUGAAUCGGAAAAUGGAUCAACAGAAGAUGAAGAAGCUGAAGUGCCUACCGUUGGUAAAACUGAAGAUUCUGAUGACAAAGACAUUGAUAAACAGGAGAAAGGAGAGGAACAGGAUGAUGAUGAUGAAGAUGAAGAAGAGGAUGGAGAAACAUCUCAAGACGAAGAACCUGCCAAGGAGACUGAUGGAAAUGAGUCAAUCGGAAGCAAUGAUGCCGGUACUAGUGACGCCAAGGAAGCGUGCGAUAAAUCUGCCGUUGAAAACGAAGACGAAGAGGACCCAUCGAACUUGCAAUUGGCAUGGGAAAUGCUGGAAUUGGCGAAGAUGUGCUUUCAAAAGCACGCCGAUUCACUCGGAGAUGUCGAUCCCAAAAGGAUGGAAAUGGAGAACAGGCUCUGUGAAACAUACCAAAUACUCGGGGAGUUAUCUGUCGAGAACGAAAAUUAUCCUCAGGCUAUUGAAGACUUGACCUCCUGUCUCAGGCGGAGGCAAGAAUUGAUGCCAGCUGAUUCUAGAAGCAUUGCCGAAACCCAUUAUCAAAUGGGCGUGGCCUUGGGUUAUAAUCUCGAGUUUGACAAGGCCGUGGAAUCCCUCAAGGAUGCCAUUGCUGUGUUGCUUAAACGCAUUGAUAACCUCAAGAACAAAACCGAAUCUGAAGACCCCUUGUCCAAAAAGGAUGCAUUUUAUACCCGUGAAAAGGAGAUCACCGAAAUUGAGUCGCUGAUUCCAGAGAUUAAGGAAAAGAUCACGGACACAAAAGAUAUGCAACAGGAGACCGUCAGAAAAUUGGGUGACCGAGCUCUUCUCGAGGAACGGGAGUUAGAAGCGUCCUCUGGUCCCCAAGUGAAUGGAGAUGUCAUCACAACCAAUGGGUUUGAUGCCCCUCCCCCUACUGUUGCCAAAACCUCCACGGAGGCUAAGCCCACCUCUGACAUUUCACACAUGAUCAAAAAACGGAAAAAAUCCGAGCCCACAGACGAGGUGCCGGUCACAAAGAAAGUGCACGUGGAAAGCAACGGUUCAUCCAACGGUGCCAGUUCGAGCAGCAACCAAGCUGAAAUGAAUGGAUCCGGUGAUUGCCAAGCCAAGCCCUAACUCGCUCAAGUACAAGAUUGGUGUUCAAGAUCGGACGUUGUUCACAUUCGCUUAAAACAACAUUUUUAAUACCGACUGAUAGUAUUCAGGAUUUGAUUUUUUCAAGAGUUCUGAGCUGACGACUAAGACGACGCUAACCUUUUCAAACCCACAAAGUACCUAUCGUCUCUGUAUUGAAACCAUUUAAUUGCCAGCAGGCUCACAAACUUUUCUCCUCGUUUAAAAUUGCGCGUAUGAGAAAUAAAUACACUUAUCCGUAAUAUUGGAUAGAUUUAUUAUAUUGCUCUAUGAGAUUUUUACGUGAUAAUUUGAUCAAUAUCGAGAACAGCACUGAAUUAUAGAAACGAAAUUCGUGUAGAACCCUGCAAAAUGGGAGACAUACAAAAUAGCAGAUGAACAAUGGCAAACUAGUGGCUAAGGUGAAACGUAAGCAAAAUACAGCCGUACUCAAAAUAAUUGAUGGAGAAGGGAAUUGGUACAGUUGGUCUGAAGAGAAGAGAAUUUUGAAAUCAAUCAUUCGGUCGAGACUUAUUCGAUCCAAGGGUUGAGAAGUCAUGCUUGCUUUCUUUGCCGGAAUGUUCAAAAAGAAUCGUGUGCCAGACUUGAGCGCUACCACAAAGUGAGGAAAAUCCUGACUGGAAUAGUUCUUAAACUAAACAACAUAUGUACCAAGUAUGGUAUACAAUUCCACACAAUCUUAAAUAGAAAAAUGGUGGGGCUGUCAUGAACUUGUAAAUUUUCGCACUAGGUAUAUGGGAUUGAUAGGAAUGAUUUCAUUGUAAUGUUGGAGACAUGGUAGGAUCUGAAUGUUUCCUCGUCUUAUAAUCGUACUGCUCACUUUAAAUUCGUUCACAGUGGCAACUUUUUGGGCCAGAGGGCAAAGGAAUUUGAAAAGAAAAGAAAAAUAGGGAGAACGACAUUGGAUCGCAAUGAAAAAAUGAAAGGGUCAAAGAAACUGAAAACUAAAAUGGGGGGGGUCUUCUGUAUUCUCAAAUGCGAAGUCAUACGAAUGUUUUAGCUGUGUGUUGUGUGUUUCGUCGGUCCAGUUUUGGACUGGUUUUGGAAAGGAACGAAUCGCUCUGCAAUCAUCGAGAUGACUCGAAUUGCAUCCAGCGGGAUGAAACUGAUGAGGUUAAAGAUCUAAAUGCAGAC